CCGGUUGCAGACAUCGGGUCAUCGCUGUUUGCCUCUCCAUCCUCUUCCAUUCUCAUCAUAGUUGUGUCAUCGCUGAAUUCAUAAUCGUCCGACAUUGUUUGUUUUUGUUAAAGUUGUCGAUGAACUCUGUCAGAAUUCCCAGGAGAAGCUAAGCUAGCUGGCUUGAUGACAGCUAAUGCUAAGCUAAUAUGUUUUUGUUACUCUGGAGGUAAAAUAGAGUAAUAUAUUUAGUUCGUCCAAGUUAAUUAAAAUUUUAAAUAAGUUUACAUAUCGGGAAAAACUGUUGUCAUAAAUGCAAAUUGAGUUUAAGCUGCUACGAUAAAAGGCGUUACUUGUGAGCGUCGUUUUGUUUUCAUCGCAGCCUCUUUUCGUUUGCCUCUUCUUUGCGUGUUUUUUUUCCAGCAGUAUGACGCUCAGUGGCGCCCCCUCUGAGCCGCAGCAUGAACUGACAGCUCUGAACAUGUGUGGCUCUUUCAGUCAAGUCAGUGUUAGCUGCGAGUUGAUGGCAAAGCACAGCUAGCUAGUGGCUAACAACUAACCAGGUGGUACAUCUGUUAGCGUGUGGAUAACCUUUGCUCUGCUUCACCUGUCCCGGGGUUAGAGAUCCAGUGAGGAGCGACUACUUUAACACUGUGGUGAAGCUAAUUAUAAUCUAGCGUCAGCUAACAAGCUGCAGACUCUCCUAAAAAAUGGCUACUGUUUCAAUUCCUGCAUGUACCAGUACACUCCUGCUUGAUAUCGAAGGGACAACAACACCAAUCACAUUUGUAAAGGAUAUCUUAUUUCCAUACAUCAGGGAGCAUCUCGAGGAGUACUUAUCAACUCACUGGGAGGAAGACGAGUGCAAACAAGAUGUUCAUCUCCUAAAGAAACAGAUUGAAGAGGACAUGAGGCAGCACCGGUCGUGCCCCGUCCACACCGUGGACCAGACGGUGCACACAGAUGAGGAGAAGGCUAUUAGGGAGGUAAUGGAUAAUGUGCUCUGGCAGAUGGCGGCAGACAGGAAGUCGACAGCACUCAAACAGUUACAGGGCCACAUGUGGAGGUCAGCAUAUUCUUCUGGGAGAAUCAAAGGCGAGAUCUACCAGGAUGUAAUUCCAUCACUGAAAAGAUGGAGAGAUCAAGGACUAAAAGUGUACAUUUACUCCUCUGGAAGCGUGGAGGCACAGAAACUUCUGUUUGGAUACUCUGUGGAAGGAGACGUUUUAGAUUUAUUAGAUGGUCACUUUGACACCAGUAUAGGACCUAAAGUGGACAGUAAAAGCUACGAGAGAAUUGCUGAGAGGAUUGGCUGUCAACCAGAGGAUAUCACAUUCUUGACUGACGUCACUCGAGAGGCCAAAGCAGCUGAGGAAAUGGGGAUGAACGUGGUGGUGGUGGUCAGGCCCGGGAACAUGGAGCUGACGGAUGACGAGCGUUCCCACUAUAACCUCGUUACAUCCUUUAGCCAACUGGAAGUGACGGGACGUGUUUAACACAGAGCGAGGAGGAAGACUUUGUUUCAUAAUGACCUGUUCUUUCUCUUCUUUGCCCUCCCAGCCCCAUCACCUCUGUCCUUUUUGCAACUCUAAUGUUUUUGUUUGUUCCGCGUUGACAGUUCAAAGGGUGUAGGAGAAGCUGCUGGGACUCCCUUUAGAGGUCCCGGCCUUAAGGAGUCAAUCUACCCCGGUCUAUAAGGGUGCCUUUCAAGCGUAUGGAGACUUAUCUAUGGAGAGUUAUAGUAACAUCACUCUCAUUGGACCUUUUGAUUGACUGGGAAGAAAAGAAAAGCUGUAAAAUGAAGCCUGUAGGAAACUGCACACAUGACCUUUUUACCUUUUUAACCAUGCUCGGUUGGUAAACCUCUCCAAUGUUAAUGAAACUUUCCAACUGUUUGUGUCGUGUUUGUCACCGUUUUUGUAAACAUUUUCCAUCCAUGUGCCGCCCCCCCCCCCACUUCACAUACACACGUGUUGCAGAUGUAUGAAGUUUUACCCAUUGAUUGACCCGUUAAGCGUUGUAAUGUUUUAGGAAGUGGAACUACAGUGUAGAUGCACUCAGCAGUGGUGCUGCUCACGGGAAGUUCUCAGUUCAAACUUUGUCUUAACUAGUCCCCUCGCAGGUGAACGGUGAUCUGUUUAACUGUGCCAUCCUCGUAAUGUUGGUGUUGGAAAGUCACCUUUUGCAAGUUGCCAAAUUGAUGAUUUAUGUGCGUGAAACAUAAUUGGUGUUAUUCAGGAAAUCUUAACAUGCUUCCAAUAAAUGCCUUGUAUCACACAGA